GAGGGAGGACGCCGCCAAAGGGCCUUUGGUACUGGUGAUGGUGAAAGCAAAGAUGCGGCGGAAGCUCUGGUGCUGACGGAAGUGCGCUUUCCAGACGCGAUCUCUCCUGGUGCCACAGCGGCUUCGGAGGCAGAAGGCAGCUCAGCAGGACGACAGACAACCCUAUCAGACGCACCCCGCACCGGCCACACAAGCGUGGCCCUCCCCGCCACCACGAGACGAAGCAAACGCCGCACCUCACCGGCAGUGAGGGCUGGCAGACGUCAGAAUGAACACGCCGAGCACCUACGCGAGCGAGUAUCCUUACCCCCCUCCGCCGUCCACGGACAUAUCGGUGUCCAUCCCGGCCGCACCCACGGUGUGCGUGUCGGCUCCCAGCGGCAGCGGCAAUGUGUAUGAGGACAUGACGGCCGGCGGGUACGGCCCUGGGCAGUAUGAUGGGUCGGGCGGCGACCAGGACGCGGCGGGGAUGCAGCAGACGGUGCUGCUCGCCAACGACUGCUUCUAUAAGGUGAGCGAGCGGGGGAAGGGAGGGACGAAGUAAAGCUCUCUCCAUUCCAUUCGUUCGCACAGCGAGUGGAUUGUAUGUCCGUUGUGUCCUGUCUGUCGAUGUGUGAUCGUGACCAUUGAUUGUGUGCAGACCAAGUUGUGUCCGCAUGCCUUGGAGGGUUACUGCCGCAAGGGCGUCAGCUGCUCGUUUGCGCAUUCCCAGGCGGAGCUGCGGCCCCUGCCCAACCUCAAAAAGACACGACUCUGCGACACCUUCAUGAAGGUGAGGGAGGGAGUGGCCUGGCCACACACACACACAGACGGACAGACACACAGGCAGACCCGAUCCUAUCUAUGUGCCUUCGACUGUGUCUUGUGUAUGUGUAUGUGUGUUUAUUUGCCAGACGGGCCGUUGCGACAACCUGAAUUGCACCUUCGGUGAGUGAGGAAGGAAACACGCACGCACAUGCUCAUUCAUGAUGUGAGUGGGUGCCUUCCUUCCCAUUGAUUGUCCUGUGUGUGUGCAGCUCAUGGGCAGGAGGAGCUGCGGGCUACGUCAGAUUACUACAAGACCUCUCUGUGCUUCUUCUGGAAGAACGGCGAGUGCAAGGCGGGCGAGCGGUGCAGACACGCUCACGGGUGGGUGAGGGCGGAAAUGAGACGAGGGAGGGUGGACACAAAUUCUCUCUCUCUCUCUACUGUAUUGUUUAGAGUGCAUGAGUUGCGUCCGGCGCCUCCCCGUCGCCGGAACAAGAAGUCCCUGCAGGUGGUGACAUCAGGGCUGUCAGGCAGGUUGCCACAGCCCGCCGCGCCCGUCACGCCACAGAGCGCCGGGCCACAGUUCCACCGCACCAACGUCCCUGACCUCUCGCCCUGCCUGCCCUCGCCCACAUCCACCUGGAGCGCGCACUCGCCAUGGCCCGCUGGCGUCCCCUGCCCCUCGCCCCCGCCCCCGCCCCCGCCACACCCCCCCAUGCCAAUCAACAACCCGCCGCCCAUGCAGCUCACACCGAGGCAGGGCGGUGCCACUGGACACAGCAGCAUCAGGUACGGUACGCGAGGGACCUUGUUCAUGCGCACACAUAGACGGAUGGAUGGAUGUGGAAUUGUGAGUGAGUGCAGGAAUGAGAACUGGCCGACGGCAAGUCAGAGCAACCCCCUGAUGAAGAGUAUGGGGGGCGACAUGGCUGGCAGUGGUGGCGGCUGGGGCGGCCACGACGAGCGCAUAAGACGGUCCCUGGGGCUGGGACCAAGGUAUGCGGCAGGGGCAGCCAACGCCGCCAUGCAGGACCAUCAGCCCACCGACAGCAAGGACGGCGACCGCCAUCCACAAGAGGACGAAGGUGAGAUAGACCCAUCCAAAGACGUGCAAACACCAAUCCCAACAGCUGAUGUGUGUGCCUGUCGCUCGCUUCAGUUCCUGCCUGGUGGGAGGGUACGGCUUCAUCCUCAUCCUCCGCCACCAUUCUGAAGGCCACCACGCGACCGUCGGUGCCGCCGGGCAUGCACAUGCAGGGCGACGAGAGGCGGGCCGCUGCGCCUGUGAGGACAACCAGCUCGUGGGGGCCCAACCCACAAGCACAACCUUUCGUGCCAAAAGCCAGGUAUCUAUCUAUCUGUGUGGGUGGGUGGGUGGGAACAACGAACGAGGUAGGUCUACAAAAUCUGCUCUGAUGUGCUGUGUGUGUGGUGCACUUUCUUUCGUCAGCCUGUGGCGUGAGACGACGGUUUCUGGGGCGAGGAGCGCCGCUUCAAACCCUGACGUAGGCACAGCCCGCACACAGAUCAGAUAUGCACACCCGUGCAACGAACGUCCUCUGUCUCUUGUUCACUCAUUUCUUUCCUUUAGACACAGUCCGGUUCAUCUCCCGGCCAGGCAUCCGCCGGCGGCGCGUCAACGGUGUCGAUCUUCGCCAACCCCUCGCCCUUCGCCCCAACGGCCACCCCAUCGGCCAUGCCGCAGCAGCCAGUACACACCGACAGCCCCACCCGCACCGCAGAGGAACAUGCAUGGCUGCUCAACCUGAGGCCCGACGAGAGCGACCCCUCCGUGGACGUGUCCGUGCUGGACCCGAGCAGCAAGGACCUGCUCAGCCGGUUGCCGGCCGACGAGCAGCCGCUGUUUAUAGAGUUCCUGCGGUACAAGAGGGAGCGCGGCAUGGUUGGCGGCAUGCACAGCAGAUCCACGGCCACAACCACGCCCACAAGGCGGCACUUCUCCUCCCCCUUUGGGCUGGGCCUCACGCCAGAAGGGCUGCCGUCCUCGCCCCCACAGGCACAGAACGCGUCCCCCGAUAGCACCGACUCAGUCUUUCUGCGGCCGAUCGCCAUACAGCACCGGAGCCACUCUGACAACGGAAUGAGCAUCAGCGGGGGAGGAUCGGUGUCGCCGGGAGAGAGGGGGAGGGGCGGUGUGGGUGUCGAUUCGGCGGGUGGUGAUGGGGGGCACGUGUCGCCCGCUGUGGCUGUGGACGUCAGGGGGGGUGCGGCGAUUGCGUGGGACGAGGAGCAGGAGAGCGAACAGUACAACCGAAUAGAAGAGGUACGCACGCGUCGGGACACACACACACACAAACGGAGAUUCCAUGCAUGUUUGGCUGUCUCUAAUCUCAGCUGGCAUCCUCAUGUCUGUCCGGUGCGGGCAGCGCCCCCUUCUCCCUCCUCGAGGCGCCUGGCAGCAGCACCACGUCGACCACCCCAACGCACCCCUUCUCCCCAACCCCCUGGGCGUGCGGCCUGCCGUCGGUGCUGGAGGUCAGCCACUCCAAUGAGGACAGCCCGCAGAGUGACAUCAACCUCGGCACAGCGCAUGUCAAUGACAAGGACGAGGAGGAGGAGGAGAUGAUCCGGGGCGGUGGGGGGUCGGGCAGCGACGGCACCACACACGAGGGCGAGGAGUGAGUUGAGUGAGUGAUAGGUAGAUAUCUAGAGCGUGUGGCUGGCUGGCUCCCUCAUGUAGGGGAAGGGAGGGAGGUGUGUGUAAGGGCGGAGGGAGGGGGCGAGCGAACGAGUACCGAGCGAAGGGCUCUGGUGCUCCUUUACUUGUUUGCUCGUUGGCUGGUCGGUUGAUUGAUUGAUUCGUGAUAAAUGAGUGGUUGAGUGAGUGCUGUGAUGAGUGCGCCGCUUUUUUCGCGUGCAGAUGAGAGACAGACAGUGCGCGCAUAAUGGCGUUCGGUGUGUGCUGGUUGGUGUGGUCGGUGUCCUGUGGUCUUUCUGUUGUGGUGUGGCAGGCAGCCUGUGUGUGAUAACGAUACCAUACCCCUCACACAAAAAAGACAGAAGAAACCAAAGAAAGAAAGAAAGUGGCUGGCCUGGUUGGUUGACGUUUUUUGGACGCAAGAAUGAACGUCUGUAUGUCUGCCUGCCUGCCUGUCUGUCUGCCUGUCUGCCUGUGAGGGAGUGAGCAGUGUCCGUGACUCGACCUGUGUAUGUAUCUCUGUCUGUCUCCAGUCGGGGCGGCCAACUUAGGGGAUAUGCACGGUGCAGAACACUCAGGGAUACGUACGGACUCAUGUGCUGUGCACCGUGUCCCAGUGUGUUCUGUACCGUGUCCCAGAAGCUGGCCGCCCCGCCGUACUCGCCCAUCAUGCAUCUGUGUCUGCCUCUUGUGUAUGUCCCGCCCUUGUCUCUUUUUUGGCCUCUUCGAAGGCAUCUGUCUGUCUGUCUGUCUGUUGUAUUGAAUUAGGUGAGGCGUGUAGGCAAGCUAGAGAGAGACACACUACUUACUUAGUCAAGACAGAGAGAAGGAGAGCCAGAGAGGCAGGGCGAGGCAGGAGAUGGACGGACGCUUACGCAUUUUUGCAUCCAUCGUCAGUUCCUGCCUGCCUGCCUGCCUGUCUGUCUAUCUGUCUGUCUGUGAGGCGAUGGGCCGUCGUAUUGCCACCGUAUCAGCCAGCCCACCUGCA